UGAUAUUUGGAUGGACCGACCCGUGGAGUUCCCCGCCAUAUUGAGUUGAGCCCGUAUCCGUCACACCAGCAGAUUUAAAAGAUGUUGACAGCGGGCGCCUGGGUUCUCCUGGGGGCGGGUCUCACCAUUGUUCAAGCUUCCUACCUACAUUCCAAUCCAGAACUCACCGAUGCCUUCAUCAGGGAGAUGCUGGACAGGAUGGGUAGCGAUCUAGCUGAUCCUGGAAGGGGUGAUUACCUUGACAUUCUCCCUCAAAGUCAGAACAUACCCCUCGAAGGAAUGGCACCCAGGGCCAUGGAGAAGAUGCCCGCGCCUCCUAUGGCCCUAGAUUAUGAUGCCCUGGCCUUAAGCCCCUCAAUCAGGGACCAAGAAUACCUCUCUCACUCCUCCCUCCUCAGCACCAUGAACAACAAUUACGGCGGGAAGCCUUCCAAACAGCGCCCGAAGCCUGGAAGCGAGACCGUGAAGACCAACACCGAUGUCCUCCCAGCCUACUGCAACCCUCCUAACCCCUGCCCCAUCGGCUACACAGCCGCCAACGGGUGCCUGGAGGAGUUCGAGAACACAGCCGGCUUCUCCCGAGUACCAGGGCGCCAAGACUGCAUGUGUGACACAGAGCACAUGUUCGAAUGCCCCGACUCCACGCAGGAGAGCGAGAUCAGCGCCCUGGCCGGUUCCAUCCAGAACGAGGGCGUGCUCGACUCCGCCCUGGACAUGAUCAUGGUACAACUUCGUUUUCUCCCACCCACGGGCAACGAAGGCCACCACCCAGUUGCAAAGAAGUUCCACGAAUCGGAGCCGAAUUACAACCCCUACUUGAUGGGCGAAAAGCUCCCCGUGGCGGCCAAGAAGGGGGUCCCUCUGUAAAAGACCUCCCUCUCUCCCUCUGACUGUUGCUUCCCUGUCAAACUCUACGCCACUGAAACGUCAAAUGAACGUCAACUUAAAAAAAAAAAAACAAACAAACAAACAAAAAACAAAAAACGAAACUCUACAAGUGAACACAGGUUUCAACCCUCUACAACACUGGGGUUAGACGACUUCUCACCGGUUCCAAAAAACCUACCACAUCAGAAACUUCCAAAAAAAAAAAAAAAAAAAUAAAAAAAAGACACCUGCCAACAUUCCGACAGAACACCACCACCACCACCUCCCGAGACUCAACAGCGGGGUCCACCUUUCAAGGAUAAAUACUACCCACGGAUGGCUCAUCGAUGGCUGAUGAUGGCUCUCCUCCUCUCGCUCGACGUCGACUCGAAAGUAGCUUUGUAGAUCGGUAAGGCCAACAAAAAAGAACAACAACAAAUAAAAAAAAGCCAAAAAAAAAAAAUACUAUAUAAAAACAAUAUCUUUCCGGUAUGAAAGGACAUUUUUCGACACAUUGCACUAAGUCCCUUAUAUAUCUGUAGCGACGCCAAAGUUCUAAGCUGGGAUUGAUCGCCUUCUGCGUCGAGAAGUAGCCAUUAUAUUGGAGCCAGAUGCGCGUAUGGAGUUUUGCAUUUUAGAUCCAAAGUAAUCCUUUAAAUAAUAAAUAAAUUGCGAGGUGAAUACUUGAAGAAACCAGCGAGAAGAAGAAGUGCGAGAGAGACAGACGAACGAAUGAAUUUGGGUUUAACUGGGUCAGUCGUGAAAUACUGAUUCAAUUCAACAAUGUCUGUUUGGUUUGCAAAGGUCGCCAGAUGUUCUUUCGAUCGUUACCCCUAGAUAAAGCCGCCUGAUUUUCCAUUUCGAAAACCAGAAGUUUGCAUCGUAUUAAGCACAGCGAUGAAUCAGGUGCAUAGAAUUGCAUUUCGCAACACGAGUUUGCACGAAUUCUACUUCACGUGGGACGGAAUAGACCAAUUAAGUAUAACUGAAAUCACAGACGACCCAAAUCGCUGCUGACUCCAGUAGACCCAAAUGAUGGAAAGGCAAUGACGACCAACGAUCGUUCAAAGGAGUUUGGUCCUCAUUGUUUGUCGCCAAAAGGUUGAGAUUCCUUUAUCAAUGAUAUAACUCACGAAACUUUUUUCCAAAAACAGGGUUAUACACUACAGGCUACAAUGUAAGGCCAGGGCACCAAAUAAAUAACAGUUCCGAUUGUUAAAAAAAUCUAAAAAAAAUAA